AUUCAUAAGACUGGAGCGGCUACGCCGGGGACACGCGGAGCCGGGGCUUGCUGGACUUGACUACUGGUGACUCUUUCUUUUUCUUCUUGGAGGCCGUGAAAAAAAUAUAUAUAUAUAUUUAUAUGUUUUUUUAAACUGGAGAGAAAGUUUUGUGGGUUUCCUUUUUGCAAGACUCUUUCUAGAUCGUUCUUCCGAUUCGUCCGGAGGUUAGACUUUCUUUCUGUGGGCUUCUGGAUCGCGCCCCUCUGCUCUCCCUCAUUUCUUGGGACUCUUGGACAGGAUUGGAACUGCAUCUGAAGCGCACGCUGCACCGCGGCACUGCCCGGCGGGUUUCUGGGCGGGGAGCGAUCCCCGCGUCGCCCCCAGUGAAACCGACAGAGCCUGGACUUUCAGGAGGUACAGCGGCGGUCUGAAGGGGAUCUGGGAUCUUGCAGAGGGAACUUGCAUCGAAACUUGGGCAGUUCUCCGAACCGGAGACUAAGCUUCCCCGAGCAGCGCACUUUGGAGCCGUGUCCGGUCUACUCCGGACUCGCAUCUCAUUCCACUCGGCCAUAGCCUUGGCUUCCCGGCGACCUCAGCGUGGUCACAGGGGCCCCCCUGUGCCCAGGGAAAUGUUUCAAGCUUUCCCCGGAGACUACGACUCCGGCUCCCGGUGUAGCUCAUCACCCUCCGCCGAGUCUCAGUACCUGUCUUCGGUGGACUCCUUCGGCAGUCCACCCACCGCCGCCGCCUCCCAGGAGUGCGCCGGUCUCGGGGAAAUGCCCGGCUCCUUCGUGCCAACGGUCACCGCAAUCACAACCAGCCAGGACCUUCAGUGGCUCGUGCAACCCACCCUCAUCUCUUCCAUGGCCCAGUCCCAGGGGCAGCCACUGGCCUCCCAGCCUCCAGCUGUUGACCCUUAUGACAUGCCAGGAACCAGCUACUCAACCCCAGGCCUGAGUGCCUACAGCACUGGCGGGGCAAGCGGAAGUGGUGGGCCUUCAACCAGCACAACCACCAGUGGACCUGUGUCUGCCCGCCCAGCCAGAGCCAGGCCUAGAAGACCCCGAGAAGAGACACUUACCCCAGAAGAAGAAGAAAAGCGAAGGGUUCGCAGAGAGCGGAACAAGCUGGCUGCAGCUAAGUGCAGGAACCGUCGGAGGGAGCUGACAGACCGACUUCAGGCGGAAACUGAUCAGCUUGAAGAGGAAAAGGCAGAGCUGGAGUCGGAGAUCGCCGAGCUGCAAAAAGAGAAGGAACGCCUGGAGUUUGUCCUGGUGGCCCACAAACCGGGCUGCAAGAUCCCCUACGAAGAGGGGCCGGGGCCAGGCCCGCUGGCCGAGUGAAGUUCAAGUCCUCGGCGACCCCUUCCCCGUUGUUAGCCCUUCGUACACUUCCUCGUUUGUCCUCACCUGCCCGGAGGUCUCCGCGUUCGCCGGCGCCCAACGCACCAGCGGCAGCGAGCAGCCGUCCGACCCCCUGAACUCGCCCUCCCUUCUUGCUCUGUAAACUCUUUAGACAAACAAAACAAACAAACCCGCAAGGAACAAGGAGGAGGAAGAUGAGGAGGAGAGGGGAGGAAGCAGUCCGGGGGUGUGUGUGUGGACCCUUUGACUCUCCUGUCUGACCACCUGCCGCCUCUGCCAUCGGACAUGACGGAAGGACCUCCUUUGUGUUUUGUGCUCCGUCUCUGGUUUUCUGUGCCCCGGCGAGACCGGAGAGCUGGUGACUUUGGGGACAGGGGGUGGGGCGGGGAUGGACACCCCUCCUGCAUAUCUCUUUGUCCUGUUACUUCAACCCAACUUCUGGGGAUAGAUGGCUGGCUGGGUGGGUAGGGUGGGGUGCAACGCCCACCUUUGGCGUCUUGCGUGAGGCUGGAGGGGGAAGGGUGCUGGGUGUGGGGUGCAGGGUGGGUUGAGGUCGAGCUGGCAUGCACCCCCAGAGAGACCCAACGAGGAAAUGACAGCACCGUCCUGUCCUUCUUUUCUCCCACCCACCCAUCCACCCUCAAGGGUGCAGGGUGACCAAGAUAGCUCUGUUUUGCUCCCGCGGGCCUUAGCUGAUUAACUUAACAUUUCCAAGAGGUUACAACCUCCUCCGGGACGAAUUGAGCCCCUGACUGAGGGAAGUCGAUGCCCCCUUUGGGAGUCUGCUAACCCCUCUUCCCGCUGAUUCCAAAAUGUGAACCCCUAUCUGACUGUUCAGUCUUUCCCUCCUGGGAAAACUGGCUCAGGUUGGAUUUUUUUCCUCAUCUGCUACAGAGCCCCCUCCCAACUCAGGCCCGCUUCCACCCCUGUGCAGUAUUAUGCUAUGUCCCUCUCACCCUCACCCCCACCCCAGGCGCCCUUGGCCGUCCUCGUUGGGCCUUACUGGUUUUGGGCAGCAGGGGGCGCUGCGACGCCCAUCUUGCUGGAGCGCUUUAUACUGUGAAUGAGUGGUCGGAUUGCUGGGUGCGCCGGAUGGGAUUGACCCCCAGCCCUCCAAAGCUUUCCCUGGGCCUCCCCUACUUCCACUUGCUUCCUCCCUCCCCUUGACAGGGAGUUAGACUCAAAAGGAUGACCACGACGCAUCCCGGUGGCCUUCUUGCUCAGGCCCCAGACUUUUUCUCUUUAAGUCCUCCGCCUUCCCCAGCCUAGGACGCCAACUUCUCCCCACCCUGGGAGCCCCGCAUCCUCUCACAGAGGUCGAGGCAAUUUCCAGAGAAGUUUUCAGGGCUGAGGCUUUGGCUCCCCUAUCCUCGAUAUUUGAACCCCCAAAUAUUUUUGGGCUGGCAUACUUAAGAGGGGGCUGAGUUCCCACUAUCCCACUCCAUCCAAUUCCUCCAGUCCCAAAGACUGUCCCUUCCCUCCAGCUUUCACCUCGUGAGAAUCCCACGAGUCAGAUUUCUAUUUUUUAAUAUUGGGGAGAUGGGCCCUACCGCCCGUCCCCCGUGCUGCAUGGAACAUUCCAUACCCUGUCCUGGGUCCUAGGUUCCAAGCCUAAUCCCAAACCCCACCCCCCAGCUAUUUAUCCCUUUCCUGGUUCCCAAAAAGCACUUAUAUCUAUUAUGUAUAAAUAAAUAUAUUAUAUAUGAGUGUGUGUGCGUGUGCGUGCGUGCGUGCGUGCGAGCUUCCUUGUUUUCAAGUGUGCUGUGGAGUUCAAAAUCGCUUCUGGGGAUUUAAGUCAGACUUUCUGGCUGUCCCUUUUUGUCAAUUUUUUGUUGUUGUCUCAGCUCCUCUGGCUGUUGGAGACAGUCCCGGCCUCUCCCUUUAUCUUUUCUCAAGUCUGUCUUGCUCAGACCACUUCCAACAUGUCUCCUCUCUCAAUGACUCUGAUCUCUGGUCUGUCUGUUAAUUCUGGAUUUGUCGGGGACAUGCAAUUUUACUUCUGUAAGUAAGUGUGACUGGGUGGUAGAUUUUUUACAAUCUAUAUCGUUGAGAUUUCUGGGUGGAAAUGCCUGAUCAGGAGAAGGGCCUGCCACUGCCGACCACAAUUCAUUGACUCCAUAGCCCUCACCCAGGCUGUAUUUGUGAUUUUUUUCAUUUUGUUUUUUUGUAUUUUGCACCUGACCCCGGGGGUGCUGGGGCAGUCUAGCACUGGGCAGCUCCCCUCCCCCCCCCUUGGUUCUGCACUGUCGCCAAUAAAAAGCUUUUAAAAAACUGUA